AUGAAUGCGUUUUGGAUAGCGUUUUGGUUGAGUUAUGCCAUAUGCCUAUCUCUGGCGGCAGAGGAGGAUGGAUUUAUUAAAUUACGGAAGCAGCAAUCCGACACGGAGGUUGAUACGGUUGUCUACAUUGACGAAGCCUUGCCCACAGAAGAUGUCAAAGUUGUGCCUGGACUUAAGGAUGCAUUGAAAAAAAUUGAAGAAGUAAGAAGUACCAACUGUAACUGUACGCUUCUGGCUUUCUUCGUUAUUGGUCUCACGAUGAUAUCCUAGCCUCAGGGAGGUUUUUAAACAGUCACUAACAAGACGAUUAUAUCAGUAAUCUAUUCGAAGGACUAUUUGUCUAGGUCAAUGCAAAUAAAAAUCGCCUAUUGACAGAAUUAAUGCAAAGACGCCUCAUCAUUUUUUAUGAUUUAAAAAGUUGCGAUACGAAAACUCGUUUACCGAACCCUUUAACAUAUAGGGCACGCAUUAAUGAUUACAGGCAUGAGUUAAAACUGUUAUCCGACCGUUUUUCAUAAAUGUACAUUAUGAGGUCAAGACGAAAUAGGUUCUUUUAGGACGGCACAAAUUCAUUUAUCUCUAGCUGCAUCUCUCCCAGUCUCAACGGUACAAUGGACGUUAGUGGAACCAAAUUCCAAAUUAUGGUCAACCGCCGAUUGCAAAACGGAGAAAGGAAUUUUCGCUCUGUACUGCGAAAUUGCAGUGCACCUAUUGACACUUAGUUGAGAUAAAAUAGUGUUAAUUAGACAAAUCUUGCCUUUUCUCACGCGUGCUUUGACAGUGCUUAGACUUUGAGAAAUGUCUACUUUUCAACGUUUUGAACCGCUUUUAAUUCCCAAGUCUUGCAUACAAUGUCUAGUGAGCAGUGCAGACUGAGAUGUUUUGUCCAAAACAGUGUUAACAGUACGGGCACAAGAUGACACCAACAGCCAUGUUAUUUGCGAUGCAUGCUGUUCUCUAAUCGUUUUUAUCUUUCUUGACGCAAGAAAUAAACGGGAGCCAGUGAGAACGCUGUAAUUUAAUUUCCAAAUAUCUUCCUGCAUGCGUAGUUUGUUACAUAUUUUUUGUCAGAUGCGUUCUUCAGCGGAUCAGUUGUACAAGCCGCUGCAACCUUUACUUAAUUAUUGUUUGCUUUCUCUUCCAGAUUGACAAAUCUUUCGUGAACAAGACGAGUGUACAUCCUGUAGACCUCACGUCAAAUAACACAGUCAAACGAAUUGUAAGUAACGUGCGAAAUAUCCAAUAUUUCAUUCUAUAGGUUGAGUCUACUAAUCAAAUUCAGUCACUCAAUACAUACAGUUCUUCGGCAUGCUGAGUCACGUGUUUGCCUUUCAGAUAUUCUCACCCACGGGGAGACUUGACUCAGAUGUCGCUGACUCGCGAUCGAUCUACGAAGCCGCACACAAAGCCCUUACCAUGUAGGCAAUUUUCGUUGUUUCCCUAACAGUAUCUAGAAAGCCGUCUUUCGUUGAAAUUGAAUUGAAGAUCUCUUUUAAAGGGAAUUUUAUGAAAAAAGUUAAAGCCUUUCUCGUCUUGUUACCUGCUCAGGGCCUAUAAAGCUGGAGCCCAAAAUAUCCUCCUUCUUAUCGGCAACAUGACAAAUGCUCCGACAGACUACAAGCAGGAACCAUGGGCGGAACCGAAGUACAGAAACCUCCAAGCCCUAUUAGGCGCUCUUUAUGCACUCUAUGUGGUAAGUAUGGUGUGCUUUCUACGUUCUUCUUACACUAGGUGGAUUCAAAAUCAUAUAUAUGUAUGGAAUAAUCUUGUGCAGCAGUCUGAUCGGUUAAAGCACUUCCCACUGUGUAUAUUUUUGGGCAAUGAUGAAAAAAUAUAACUUAUAUUACAUACAUUUCCAAGGCUGGUCCCCCAGCUCAGCAUCAGACACUGGGUGAUGUAAGGAAACAGUUAACUUAUUAACCGUGUCCAACAAAGGAUUCUGCGGUUGGCCGACGUCUGCGCCAAGACGCGUUAAUCGCACCUCGCCAUCUCCUCGGACUUGGCUGUGCUCGCAUAUUAAAGCAGACAGCGGCAAACCGCAGAAUCACUUGCUAAACACGGUCUCUUUAACUAAUUUUAUCACAUCAAAAUUAAAUUUCUUGGGAUACCCGGUUUUCAAUGCAUAUAUAUGUUAGAGUCGGAUGCUACCUUUAUGAAAAGAAACUUCAAUAUGUACAACUUCGAUGCCGGUUCCCCAGGUGGUCAGCAAAUGUCCAUGGAUCGUAAAUGUGCAAAAAAUAGUUAACAUCUGUAGCGCACUUAAAAAUCGACAUUUGCUCCAGCAAGCGGCUACCAUGUGUGUCAUUCCGUUCUGCUUGACCCUCGUCCUCAUCCUAUGUAUAUGCAACAUCCAGCUGCAUGUGCUGGUUUAUGCAGAAUCCAUGUGAGUGCAUAGUUUCGAGAGACUCGGUUUUUAAAAUGGCCGAGGACGACAAUGCGAUCAAUAGAAAAGAAUUCCAUACAUCUGACGUCUCGAAUUCACGUCCAAACGCACCAUCAGAGGCAGUAUCCGAUACGGGUAAUUUAUACAACAGAGGUUGCAGUAUUCAUAGAAAGCAGUCGCUACGCUACUGCACACUUAUGACAAUUACUGGCUCCCCCUUUCAUCGGGGAUUGCUGCCCUCUGGUGCUCUAAUGGCUUGAUGACCAGCAUGCAAGUCGGUUACUGCUGAAAUUUAAUCACCCUGUUUACACUUUGGCGUGAUCACUGCUCGGCAAUCAGACUCACUGGCCUGCUUGCUCCCCGAGUGGUCAGUUACUUUGUCCAGCCUAUGCCUCAGUACGCAAUAUGAAGUGGAGAUGUCGUUACACUUGUUGAUAGGCUGAGGUCCCGUGAACAAUGACUCAAGCAACUCGCAGCCCACGCGAUUAUCCCCUCUCGCGAGAAUUUCGGCCUCAGCGAACUUGAAUGUGUGGCUAGCCCCCAUCGAAAGUUGGCGUCAUGUCUCCGCACCACUGCCGCGUGCUCGGCGAUUCGCGUCUAGAGCAGUCUUUUAGAUUCUCCGACGUACUUACUUUUCCUGCAACUGCGCCACAUCGUUUCUCUAAGGAACGUUUACCAUUUUAACUUGCCUGCGCACAUGCAUUUGUUACCUGUGUGACAUAAUGCAGUUCAUACAUUUUAAUCAAACUAAGUCGGAGCACCGUAUAUGGGGUUGGGAGGUCAUUGCACUUGUUGAUAGCCUCGGGUACCGCGAACCAUGACUUAAGUCAAUCGUGGCUCGCGUGUGAGCGAGUUCUGCCUGAAGUGUAGGUGUCCUCGGUGUCUGGGGUAGGCAUGGCUACCUGGAGAAGAUGAUCACACAUCUUUACUGUCAACUGGGGUUCGUAAUUGCAGAUUUUGCAGUCUGUCCACAUUCAUCGCGCGGCUCACACACGGAGGAUUUCAUUCUUGCCCAAAUAUCUAACCCCAUCCCAGCGGUAUACAAACUUUGUGCGUAAAGUAGUCGUCGGUUGGCGCGUCACUUGAAUCUGGUGCUUCCAUAAGUGUAUUUCAACGAGCUGAAGCAAGUUUUUAAUGUAAAAAUGUUUACCAAGUAUCUAGUUUGGGCGUCUGCAUGGAACUGCCUAGUUUCUUUUCCUUUGACCCUCGCUGACUCUUGCACCAGCGUACAAAAUCUUUGGGGUAUCCAUACUGGGAAGAUAAUUCGCAUGAGUAAUUUAGUUCUAAUUAGUAGAUUGUUUUGUCAGAACGAGGGGUCUUGCUCGACUCAGCAGACUGUCGAGUGCUCUUCGUUUGUGAGAGAUGGGCCGGUUGAUCUCAUAAGAUGGAAUGACUUCCGUACAAAUCUCGUUUUGGCAAACUGAAGUGACUAAUGUUCCGUCAGUCUUUCGCUGUACAAUAAUAUACAGAAUUUACAGUUAAUUGGCACCUUCCUUUUCGAGUAUGGAUUUAAUCCCGGAUUAGUUGAGUUUGUGAAGCGUCUUCACUCGGUCUGCAUACCGCAGCCUUUAGUUUUUCAUCGUGAUUUCAACGAGAACAUAAGAGGCAGAUGGAACCAUAGGAGCACCGUUUGUCGAUAGAAAAGCCAGUCUCCAAUCAUUGGCUUAAGUGUGGCUGUUGCUGGGACAUGCAUGUCGUUGGACAGCAGGAGUUCCCUGUGCAUUAUUUUGCUAAAUCUGGCGGUCUGAACGUACAACCUCGAGGGGACUAUUGUCUCAGCAGCGGACAAUGUGACUUCUCAUAUUUUUUACAAACUUUAAAAAUCUGCCAACUGAAGAAGUUUUGUGAAAGAGCCAUCGAUGCCCCGAUUACACAAACGGUCGCGCUCGGGCUUCAGUUUUGAGAACUUUAGAAAAUCCAUUGGUCUUCGUGAGGGUUGGUACACCUUGUUCCAGAGAUUUGACAAUACCUCCCGACAGUUGCUUCUACCCCUGUAAGACGUUUUAGCACUUUAUCAAUAGAUAAUAUAUCUGUCUCUGAAACCUCUAUAAAGGGUGGUUUAUUGAUAGAUCUCAGUUCUCUUAUGACGACGACCUAAAGAACUGGCGCCGACGAUUUACACAAUAAACUUCUUUAUCUUAAAGAACACACCUGACUCCAAGUUGCAUGUCUUGAAAUGUCCAACUCUCAAGGCAUAUGUAAACAUAGAAUGGUAGAGGGCGCUCACCAGGAAAUUUUUCUACGGAACUCACUCGUUCUGUUGUGCCUUAAGGGCUCUCUCACGAGCCCAACCAGCAGCCGCACAGCGGCGCAUGAUAUAGGUAGAAAUUUACUACCGACAAAGACAUGGGAGACUGGAAUGGCCAUUUUCGGCGUAUUAGCCGUCAUCAGCCAGCCAUACCCAAGCCUGAAGUGUGGAACACCCGAGCCUCGAACUCGCGACCUGUUGGUUUAGAAGUCAACGCCUCUACUCACCGGGCUGCGAGCCCGUUGCCCUGUCGGUUUUCGAUCGGGAAUAUAUAUAUAUAUAUAUAUAUAUACAAAUUUAUAUUCACCUAAUUAGUUCUGAAAUUAUCGAACGCAGGAAUUGCGAAUAAGUAAACGUCACGGGACAAUUAAGAGCCAGUGUGGAAAUUUCAAUGAGGCUUUGGUUUAAGACAAUAAGCUGCCACAGAUUAACCGAGUAAUGUCUAUUCUACAAACGGGUAGUACUAAUACUGGCGUAGAUGUACAUGACGUUGGUUUAUGCCGAAUCUCUCGCGGUUGCUGUUCCUGUUGGUAUUCAUUUGUUCAGUCUUGCCGCCCAUCUCGUAUUAUAACCGUGCUAGGUGGAUGAACGUUGACCGUUAACGCGCCCGCGUGAUCUUUAUCCUCUUUGCCGGCGGUGCACUUGUAGUCGACUUGGCCACAAUCGCGCGCCAUAUAUGUAUAUGUGAGCGCCUCUCUGCACUGAGAUUAACUGGCUUUGACUUCCUUUCCAGCCCAUAGAAGUUCGGGAAUGCUGCCCAGAAAGAGCCUCGAAAUACAAAAGUCUGUUGGCCGCCAUGGCUUUUGACAGCAAUAGUGGUCAAGCUGACCUCGAUUGGGCCAUUAAAUAUGCAAGCGCAAUUGAGGAGGGCCGCUGGAUUGCAAGGGACAUCUGUGGCUCUGAUUCCGAGCGAAUGUCAACCGAGAACAUUUUAAAGUACCUUCAAAGCAAUUCCAAUCUGUCAACUCUCAUUAAAGAAAGCGUGGCGGUGGAGGAGUCUCAGUAUCCGCUUAUGGCUGCCGUCGAUAGAGGCAACAAGGGUGCGUCCAGACUGCUGCUUUUCUAAAUGUCAGACUAAUGCAAGUUCUUGGUGUUUGGCCCCUUAACGCUUACCUCUAUUCGCUUCUCCUAUAGGUGUGACGCGUCAUGAGGGCAGGGUUGUCAAAAUGGAAUUCGGAGACAUCAACAAUGCCAAGAAAGUUCUCAUUUUGGUUGGUAAAGGUAUCACGUUCGACACUGGUGGCUACGACUUGAAAGUAUCGGGCGGGAUGGUUGGAAUGCAUAGAGACAAAUGUGGAGCUGCCGCAAUCGUGGGCUUUAUGAGAACAGCCCAGAUUCUCCAACCCAAAGAACUUCACAUCUCUGCGAAACUGGCCUUUGUGCGCAAUGCCCUCUCUGCAAGAGCCUACACCGUGGACGAAAUCAUCACAUCUCGCGCGGGAAAACGUGUUCGCAUUGGCAACACAGACGCCGAAGGUCGCAUGGUCAUGACUGACCUGGUGGCAGAGGCCAAGGAAGAGGUAUGGCGCCUUUUUCUUUCAUGUUCAUUGUUUUGUUUAUGGGCCGGAAAAAACUGGUCAGAAUACUUCAUGCAUUCGUAUACUGUGCUUUUGGCGCUCCACGUCAUAAUAACAGUCUUCGCGGAUGUUUUUUUGUGACCGAAAGAUGUGCAAACAUAAAUUGCAGAGGUUAAUGACUAAAAGUUUUUUCGGAUAAAUCAUGAACCGAGGUCAGGGUACCCUAAUCUAAUGUUUGAAAUCAACAUUACGUUUGAAUAUGCAUUUAAUGGCAUGACGUUUUUUCUUACUUGCCAGGAAGAUCCCGUAGGUAGGAAAGAUGAGUGGGAUACCGAAUGUCUGGCGAAGCUGAUUUUUCAAGCAAAAAGUAAACUGUCGUUGUAGACCGAUUAAAGCAAGAUGCGAAGUUAACUUGGCCUUUUGAAAUGUGCAGCUUUUGGUUAAUCUGUGCAGGGGAGGUAAAAAAUUCACGCAACCACAAUCUUUGUCUAUACAAGCCUUUUGAAAUCACGCAAGUUUGAUAUGUCCUCUAAUCAGCUGUCAAAAAUCAACAGAAAACCCAAUAUUACAGGGUUCUCAUCGUGUGGGCAGAGGGUUUCAGGUGUUUUCCGUCCUCUCCACAAUUUCAAAGGGAUUUUUCUGCGCAGAAAUUCCAUAGCUGAUAUUAUGGGUAUCUUCUGUUGUCGAAUGAACUAUUUACACUCUUAACAAUUAUGACUGCAUUUCUUCAUACGAAAGUUUCGGCGUCGACCCAUUCCUUUCUCAAAUCUACGCUGCACUAGACCACCAAUGAAAAAAUUGCAGGCUUAUUUUUCCUCCCUUCCUUUUAUCAAUCUUACAAGGCCCUCAGCAAGUUUAAGGACAAAGACGUUCAAAUCAUUACUGCCGCGACUCUAACGGGCCACGUUGUCCGCUGCUAUAAAUGGAUCACGGUAAGGCAGCCUGCAAUGCAUCAAUGACAAAUAUAACAUAAGCUCAAAAAACGAAAAUGAACUUGAUAAAAAAAGUCUAGGGAACUAAAAUUAUUUGCCUUGUUCUUUUAGGGUGCAAUGGAAAACGGUCCCUCCAAGAAUGCUACUUUCCUUAAACAACUACGAUUUUCAGGGGACCAGAUUUCUGACAUGUUAGAGGUGAGUCCUAUAUCACCCCGAUGAUCUAGGCUUUCAGAUUAACCCUUUAAACCGUAUUCAUGUCCGGAUGGCUGUAUACCUGCUAUUGUAUACAUAUUUUACUGUUAUAUGCACAUGGACCGUUGCCAACUCCUGGCAGUGCGAUUAUAGACAGAGCAUAUUGGUUGACGUCUGAAAUUUCAAGUUUCAAUCUGCAUAUGAAACACGAAAAUUCCCAGCAAAUUUCUGAUCAAAGAGUUGUUCCUCUGUCUCUCUCCUGAAAGCUAUUUUGAUUCUUUAUUAAGUCUGGUUAAAUAACACUACCAGAAUAAGAGCAAAUGCAUCCAAUCCAUCCUCUCCAGCUCGUAGACAUUAAAAUCUAUCUUACUUCUGGGGUUCAGUCUAAAAGUGAUAUUUUUAAAAUCCUUAUCAUUAUUGUUUCAUCGCAAAACAGAUUUCAGUUCUUCGAAAAGAAGAUUACGAUUUUAACCUGACCCCUCUGGAGACGGAAGAUUACCUCCAGUGCAACAACGCCGGCAGCGUUACAACCACGCGCGGGCAUCAGUUCCCUGCCGCCUUCAUGAUUCAAGCUAGCGGACUUGAUGCGGUAAGAAUGAGUAUCUUUAUUAGCAUUCCAAAAGAGUGCAGAGUUUGUUUAAUGAAUUCCCUGUAGUGUCAAAUAAUUCGGGAAAAAUCAUUCCUUUUCCGUUGUCCCUGCAAGUAUGUGUGGUAUGAUCGUGCGCGUAUACAUGAGCUCAUAGUUUUAGACAUGCCGAUGGGAGAACACAAGGAUGUAGGUCAACAGGUAAUAGAUAGGCAAAGUUGAGAUAUCCGGGUUAAUCAAUUGAAGACGAAGACAGGCUCUCCGGAAGAGGUUUGUUUAAGUGCUGACGACAGGUAAUAAAACAAUCUGUAAAAUAACCGAAGCCUGGAAGUCUGCAGGACUGGUCUCCUGCAGAGAACGCUUGUGCGCUUCAUACAGUGAAGUUUACUUGAUGGCUGAAAGAUGUGAACUACCACUUAUGUCUAAUUCAGAAUAAAAGGUGGAGAGCGAACGCUGCUUUCGAUAGCUUCUCGUAAGGCCAGUACAGUUAUAUGGGACGGGAUACAGUGAGUGAAAAAAUCGAUAAAAGUUGGUUUUUAAAAAACACGGGCUAGGCAAGAGCGGAAGGGCGCAGGAAGUGGUAUGUGGUUAGCCAGCCUUUGACCACGGUAUACGCGGAGCCUGAACGAGGUUCUUCUGGGCGCAUAGGGUCGGUUUUCGUAACCUAAUGACGGCCGAUUCUGCUGUUGCUAACAGGCGCUGGCCCAGUAGCUUAGGGUAGCUCGAGGGGACCUUAUAAAUCACACGAAAUAAUUCAGUUGGGUCCCCACAAUGGCCUGAAUCCACUGCAUGCGCAACGAUGGCGCUGUCUAUUCUCCUACUUUCCCCUAUCGCCAGCCAUGCGGGAAGGUGUUCUCGUAUUCUUUUGGAAAGACGCUGACUCGUACGACCAUUAAAUGUGUGCUUUGAUAUGUUUCUCGGUUCACGAUCUCGGGCCGACAAGGACGUUGUCGCCCUGGGGGAGACUGCACCAUUGCUUAUUUUUGCUGUGCAUUAGCAGUAUGCUUGCAAGGGGGAUUUUAAUUGCUCCCAAAUGAGUAAAAAUUUGAAAUUUCACUUUUCAGCAUGGUAUGGACAGUGACACGCCGAUCAAGUUCGCACAUCUUGACGUGGCAGGAAGCGCUGGCCUAAUCGACACCGUGCCGACUGCUGCACCGAUGACGAUGCUGGCAAACCACUACUUGAUCAAACCACAGACUACCUCCAGUUAA